GAUUGGUUGUUCUUGAUUCUGGCAAAGAAGUCGGCAGGGUUGUAGAAGGUAAGAAUCUGAGGUUGAAUGUUGAAAAGAAAUCAGAUAAUUGGAAUGAGGUGGGUAAUGCUUGGACGAAGCCGAGACAUAUUAAUAUUGAUUGGAACAGUGAAACUACUGAACUAUCGGAUGAUGGGGUAGCUGUCUUACUAAAUUCGGAGAAGGAAGAGAAGAACAAACAUGUUCUAAGGAACUCGGUGGUGAUCAAAGUUUUGGGCAACAAUGUUCCUUUCCCAAUGUGCAGUCUGGAAUUGAGAAAACAGUGGAGCAGGUAUGUAGCUUUUCACUUAACAUCAAUCGGGAUGGACUGGAUCCUUUGUUCCUUCAAGACAGAGGAAGUUGUGGAGGAGGUUAUUAAUGGUGGACCUUGGUUUGUUGGAGGUCAUAUAGUCGGAAUGGAUAGGUGGACCACUGAGUUUGAUCCUUAUUCUUUUAAAUGGAUCACUGCUCCCAUUUGGAUCCAUCUCCUCUGUCUGGCGCUGUAUUGCUGGGAUGAUGACAACAUUGCAAUAAUUGCGUCUCAAAUUGGAACGCCGAAGUAUUUUGAUGGUAAUACCUUCCGUUGGGGGAAGAGGGAGUUUGCUCGAAUAUGUGUUAAAAUGGAUUUAGAGAAUAAGCUACCAAACGGUGUUUGGGUAGAAGGAGCUGCGGGCAGGUUUUUCCAACGGGUAGAGUAUGAAAAGGUUGAUUUACUCUGUUAUAAAUGUGGUCGUGUUGGCCAUAAUCAGAAUGGAAGUCCUGUUGAAGUUGCGCAGGGGAUUUCAGAUCAAACCACGGUUGAUAAUCAGGAAGUUGCUGAAGCAAAUUCGGGGUUGAUUAAGAAGGAAUACUGA